AUGGACUCCACGACACACGCCCAGCCUCUCGCGGACCGCCCGACUAACACGCACCUCGCCAAUGCUUCCUCGGGCGACAAGUCGGAUCUGAAGGGUGAUAUUUCCUCGAUGGAUUACCACCGCCAGGUGCUGCAGGGGAAAUUGGAGAGCGGUGAGAAGCAACCUUCUGCUUAUGUCUCCCCGUCCGAUGACAUUAUGAGCCCGUGCACGAAGAAGUUGAGCGAUAUCAAGGGCAAGCGGUUUAAGAAUGCCGGCAAGCCCCAGUCGCUGUUUGCAAAGCUCGGCAAGAAGAGCUACGAGCAAUCUUCAUCCGCAGGACAGAACCAGGCGACCGAAUAA